AUGGGCGUCGCCGACAAAACCUUCAAGGUGGGCAUCAUCUGUGGCAGCACUCGCACUCCCCGGGUCGGGCCCCAAAUCGCAGACUUCGUCCACAAGACGAUCGAGUCCCACCUUGCCUCCCAGCCAGCAGCCAACAGCCACGCGAUAACUCUGGAAGUGGUCGACAUAGCCGCCUUCAACCUCCCCCUCUUCGACGAGCCGGGCAUCCCCCAGGCCAUCACCGACCCGUCAGGCUACGCCCACCAGCACACGCGCCACUGGUCCGCCGCCAUCGCCCCCCUGGAUGCCUUCGUCUUCGUCACGCCCCAGUACAACUGGGGGAUCCCGGCAGCGCUCAAGAACGCCAUCGACUUCCUGUUCAACGAGUGGACGCGCAAGCCCGGGAUGGUCGUGUCCUACGGCGGGCACGGCGGGGGCAGGGCUGCCGAGGCGCUGGCUGUCGUGCUCCAGGGGCUCAAGAUGAGGGCGCCUGCGAGGACUGUUAACCUGACGUUUCCGGAUCGGGAGUUCACUGGGAAGUGCUUCCUUGGCGGGGACCUGGGACUGCAGGAGGAGGGGAGUGCGGUUUGGGCCAAGGAGAGGGAUGGAAUUAUUGCCGUUUGGGAGGAGAUGGCCAAGCUUUUAACCGAGUAA